AUGCGAACAAUUCUUUUGAGAAUUUCUUACCACCUUUUUUUUAUUUUGUAUAAUUCUUCCUUUCUCUCUCUCUCUCUCUCUCUCACUCUCUCUAUCUCUCUAUCUCUCUUUCUCUCUCUCUCUCUCUCUUUCUUUCUUGCUUUCGUUCCUUCUUUCUUUCUUUCUUUCCUCUUUUCUUUCUUUCCUCUUUUCUUUCUUUCUUUCUUUCUCUUUUCUUUCUUUCUUUCUUUCUUUCUUUUCUUUCUUUCCUUCCUUCCUUCCUUCCUUCCUUUCUUUUCUUUCUUUCUUUCUUUCUUUCUUUCUUUCUUUCUUUCUUUCUUUCUUUCCUUCCUUCCUUUUCCUUUCCUUCUUUCUUUUUCUUUCUUUCUUUCUUUCUUUCUUUCUUUCUUUUCUUUCUUUCUUUUCUUUUCUUUUCUUCUUUCUUCUUUUCUUUCUUUCUUUCUUUCUUUCUUUCUUUUUCUUUCUUUCUUUCUUUCUUUUCCUUUCUUUCUUUCCUUCUUUCUUUCCUUUCUUUCUUUCUUUUUCUUUCUUUUCUUUCUUUCUUUUUUCUUUUUCUUUCUUUCUUUCUUUCCUUCCUUCUUCCUUCCUUUUCUUUCUUUCUUUUUUCUUUCUUUCUUUCUUUCUUUCUUUUCUUUCUUUUCUUUUCUCUUAAGCUCUAUUAUUCUACCUUACCGUUUUCUUUCAUUUUCUUUAACUUUUCUUUCUUUUUUUUUCUUUCUUUUAUUUUAUCUGGGAUUUGUUCUUUCUUUCUGUUUUUACUACUCUCUUAAUUCGUUUAACUUUUUUCUUUUCUUUUUCUUUCAGUCUUUCGUUAUUUAUGUCUUUCUUUUAUUUUGUCUGAUCCAGUUUUUUUUCACUUUCUUUCUGUCUUUUUUCUUUAAUUUUGCUUUAAUCUUACUUUUUUCUUUCUUUCUUUUCUUUUCCUUUUUUCUUUUAUUAUAUCUUUUUUUUAUUUCAACAUGUUUUCUUUUCUGUUUUUAUUUAUUUGUUUCUUUUUACGACAUUCCUUCCUUUUUUUUUUCAAUUUCCUUUCUUUGUUUCUUGCUGGCUUCACUGCUGUCUUUCUUGCUUUCUUUUUUCAUUUUCAUUUUUCUUUGUUUAACUUUUCUUUCUUUAUCUUUUCCUUUCGUUUUCUUUUUUCUUUCCGUCUCUCUUUACAUCGUUUUUAUUUUGCUUAAAAAUCUUUCACUCUUUCUAUUUUUUUAUUAUUUUUUUUUUUUUUCUUUUGUUCUUUCUUUCUUUCUUUCUUUCUUUCUUUCUUUGGUUAUUUUUCUUUAUUUUAUUGUUAGCUUUCUUCUUUUUAAUUAUUUAUCUUCAUUUAGUCUUUCUUUUAUUUUUAUAUUCUUUCUUUCUUUCUUUCUUUCUUUCUUUCUUUCUUUCUUUAGUCAUUUGCUUAUCUUUUAUUUUUUGAAUUCUUAUUUUUUAUUUAUUCUUUUUUUAAUUUUUUUUCUUUCUUUCUUUUGUUAUUAUUUAGAUAUACAUUUUAUUUUUAAAAUUCAACUUUUUUCGUUAUUUCUGUCUCUUUUUUAUUUUUGGAAUUUUUUUCUUUCUUUCUUACUUUCUUUCUUUCUUUCUUUCUUUUUUCUUUCUUUCUUUCUUUCUUUCUUUCUUUCUUUCUUAUUCCAUUACCUUCUCCUUUAUUUCUUAUUUAUUUCCUCUUUUUCCUGUUCGCCCCCCUUUCCGUUCCUCUUUCUUUCUUUCUUUCUUUCUUUCUUUCUUUCUUUCUUUCUUUACCUUCUCCUUUAUUUCUUAUUUAUUUCCUCUUUUUCCUGUUCGCCCCCCCUUCCGUUCCUUUUUCUUUCUUUCUUUCUUUCUUUCUUUCUUUCUUUCUUUCUUUCUUUCUUUCUUUUUUCUUUCUUUUAUCUUUUUAAUUCUUUUUUCGUUCUAUCUUUCUUCUUCGUUUUUCAUUCUUUUUUUCAUUCUUCCUUCCUUCCUUUCCAUCUAUCUUUCUCUUUCCUUUCUUUCUUUUUUUUCCGACCAAAGUUAUUUAGAUUUUCUCUUAUUUUUAAAAUUCGACAUUUUUUCUUUCUUUCUUUAGUUAUUUAUAUUUUCUUUUAUUUAAAAGUUCUUUCUUUUUACUUUCUUUCUUUUUACUUUCUUUCUUUUUUCUUUCUGUCUUUAAUUAGCUUACUCUUUCUUUUAUUUUAUAUUCUUUCUUUCUUUCUGUUUUUUAGCUAUACCUUUUUUGUUCAGCAUUUCUUUUUCUGUUCUUGA